GAUAGUCCUCAAUGGUGGUUGGCUUCCAUACCCAAUUUCCAUCUUCUAAUCCACCCAACCAUAUCUUUUAAUACACACAAUUUCAUUCUUUAAUCAACUGUCAUUUUUUCUGGAUUCAGUAUUGACCGUAAAUCUUGAAAAUUUGUGAGUGAGACAAGAAUAUGUUAAAUGGAGUUCAAUCGAGCAUGAGAUAAAAUGAAUUGAUAUAAAGAGGCUUAAUUUCUCUAGCUCUUAGCUUUCGUAUUGGGCUUCAGUGUGUGGGUGUGUUUGAGAGAGAGAGAUAUGACGUCUACGAAGGUGGUGGAUGAAUUGGUGCCGCACCCAGUGAAGGAGCAACUCCCCGGAGUAGAUUACUGCCUCAAUAGCAACCCUUCAUGGGCUGAAGCCUUUAUUCUGGGAUUUCAGCACUACCUUGUAAUGCUCGGGACAACUGUUAUCAUUGCCACCAUCAUUGUUCCUUAUAUGGGUGGUAGUAAUGUGGAGAAGGCUCAAAUGAUACAAACUAUGCUCUUUGUUUCUGGAAUGAAUACACUCUUGCAAACAUGGUUUGGAACCCGGCUUCCAGUAGUGAUAGGCGGUUCAUUCAGAUUCAUAAUUCCAUCUCUUUAUGUUGCAUUUGCGCAAAGAUAUUACUCAUACCUCAAUCCUAUUGAUAGAUUUAAAAAAACAAUAACGGCAGUACAAGGGGCUCUCAUGAUUGCAUCAAUACUUCCCGUGAUACUUGGUUUUCUGGGGAUAUGGAGGAUUGUUGUGAAGUUCCUGAGCCCUCUUUCUGCCGUUCCUCUGGUAACACUUGUGGGACUUGGGCUGUAUGAACAAGGUUUCCCUCUGCUGGCAGAAUGUAUUGAGAUAGGGCUUCCAGAGCUAAUUAUUUUAGUUUUGCUAUCUCAAUUCGUGCCUCAUAUGUUGAAAUCUAAGCUUCCCAUAUACAACCGUUUUACUAUCCUAAUUUCGGUAGGAUUGGUAUGGGGAUACGCAGCCCUUCUUACAGUAGCUGGUGCAUACAAAAAUAGCCCACUGAAAACUCAGUUAAGUUGCCGUGUUGAUCGCUCUGGACUUGUAAGUGGAGCAUCGUGGAUAAAAUUUCCAUACCCGUUUCAAUGGGGUUCACCUGAUUUACAUGUUGGAGAAGUUUUUGUGAUGCUGGCAGCAGCUUUUGUUGCUGUGAUUGAGUCUACAGGUGCAUUUAUUGCAGCUUCAAGAUACUGUAGUGCCACGUACAUACCAGCUUCUGUUCUUAGUCGAGGCAUUGCCUGGCUGGGAAUAGGAAUUUUUAUUGAUGGUUUAUAUGGUUCAGCUGGUGGAUCCACUGUAUCAGUUGAGAAUAUCGGAUUCUUGGCAUUGACACGAGUUGGAAGUCGAAGGGUGGUACAAAUAUCAGCAUUUUUCAUGUUUUUCUUUUCAAUCUUUGGAAAAUUUGGAGCUAUCAUUGCAUCCAUUCCACUGCCAAUUGUUGGAGCUUUGUAUUGUGUCCUCUUCGCCCUUAUGUCUUCUGCUGGUCUUGGUUUACUACAGUUCUGCAACCUUAACAGCUUCAGGACAAAGUUCAUUUUAGGCUUCUCAUUCUUCAUGGGUCUUUCGGUACCACGGUACUUCAGCGACUAUGUGAUAACUUCUGGUCGUGGUCCGGUUCACACAAAUGCAAUAUGGUUUAACAAAGUAAUGCUGGUGAUCUUUACAUCCCCAGCCACUGUGGCAGGGCUUGUUGCAGUCUUCUUGGACCUCACUCUGGCACCUAAACAUCCCUCAACAAGGAAAGAUAGUGGGAGGCAUUGGUGGGCUAAAUUCAAGUAUUUUGGUAAAGAUCCAAGAAGUGAAGAAUUCUACUCUCUCCCUGUUGGCCUUUCUAAGUACUUCCCUUCAUUUUGAUCAUGGGAAUCUUCACACUAUAAAACCGUAUGAGAAUGUCCUCCAUUCUAUUUCUAGAGAAAGCUCCCAACGUAUACAAUAGAGCAUUAUUAGCAAAUGGCAUUCGAAGUGAAACAGAAAAAAGACUCGUACAAUAGAGAUUAAAAAAAUAUUGAAUUCGUUUGUUUUUACACUGAAAUGCUUAUUUAUAUAUAGACUGUAAAAUAUUUACAAACAUAUGUGAAAAUUCCCUCUUUUGAUAUUAUUGAAUUAUCUCAUCCA